AUGUGCAUUUUUGAAAAAUCAAAUUUUGUACUGCGGGCACAUCAUCGGAAAAGAUGGUAUAAAAAAGGAGAAAAAGAAAAUGGAAGUAGUAGAAAAGCUGCCAAGACCCAAGAACUGUCGUUCAAUCCAAAUCUGCCAAUCGUUUUAGCUACGGAUGCUAGUCCAUAUGGAGUCGGAGCCGUAUUAUCGCAUGUUUAUCUAAACGGAACAGAGCGAGUAAUAGAAUACACUUCGAGCACGUUAAAUGAUACGCAAAGAAAAUAUACACAGAUCGAUAAAGAGGCGCUUACCGGCGUACAGUGCAAUGCGGAUGCAGCACUACGCGGUUUCCUCCAGGGUUUUGAUUUUGAUAUAAAAUUUAGAAAAACUGAAAAUCAUGGCAACACUGACGGAUUUUCGCGACUACCAAUAAAACAAAAUAAUAGGGCGAAGUAUGAUGUGCUAGACGUGUAUACUGUUGAUACAUUAAAUAUGCUACCUGUUAAAGCAAAUGAAAUUCAAACAGAAACGCGUAAAGAUGAGAAUCUCUUAAAAAUAGUUGAAUCUCUGGAACAAGGCAAAUGUUUAAAAAAAUUUGGGUUGCAAAACCACGAAUUCGCGUUAAAUAACGGAAUUCUGUUAAGAAAAGAUAGAGUUGUAAUUCCAGAAAAAUUCAGAAAUAAAAUUCUUAAAGAAUUGCACUUAGGCCAUAUAGGCAUUGUUAGUUUAAUAAUCGUUUAUGUCCCGGGUUCUUAUGCACCGGUGCAGGCGAGGAUCUGUGUGUGUCAGUGGGUAAAUAAUCAAAAUCGGUUUAAUAUGAGAACUGUUAUAAAUGCUGCGUUUGAGUUCGCUACAGAAUAUUCGCGAAUGAAAGCCCUAGCGAGAAACUAUGUUUGGUGGCAAGGAAUAGAUUUAGAAAUUGAAAAAACUGUUCGUAGUUGUAAGGAAUGUAGUCGCGUUCAAAAUAAUCCGAAGCCGGCGCCAUUGCAUCAUUGGGAGCCUACUGAGGAAGCGUUCCAAAGAAUCCAUAUGGAUUUUGCAGAACCAUUUGCAGGUUAUAAUUUUCUAGUUUGCGUAGAUGCGCAUACUAAAUGGCCUGAAGUUUAUGUAAUAAAUAAUAUUACUGCUUCAAGUACUAUUGAAAAAUGUGAAAUUUUUGCUAGAUUCGGUAUUCCACGAAUGCUAGUAACAGAUAAUGGUAGAACAUUUAUAUCACAAGAGUUUCAAAAUUUUAUCAAAGCAAAUGGGAUUAUCCAUAGACUGACAGCUCCUUAUCACCCGGCUACCAAUGGUGCAGCGGAAAGAUUCGUACAAAUAUUGAAACAAUGGUUGCGUAAAACAAAUUUAGAAAAUAAAAUGUAA